AUGGCGAUGAAGAAAUCCAGUCUCAGUGGGGACCAUGCAGAGUACAGCCAAGCUCUGCUCCGCGCACCCCCGCCCCAGGAAGCCGUGCUUCUUCCUCGCAGUCCCGACCCUGUGCGGGAUGACCCGGUCUCCAAGCGCUCGCGCUCCCAGGAGUUUUGGGAUCUUCCGCGGACCGUGGCGCGCUCCGCCCCGGAAAUACGUCCUCAGCCGCCUUGGCGCGCUUUUGAAAUUGUGUGUAUUUCGUGUCGGUUUCGCCGGCUCCUGCUGCUUGGGCGUCCCCCACCCCAGGUGCUGCGGCAUCCCCGCGCCGCGAUGAGGACGCGCGAGGAGGUGGACGCGACGCUGCAGGUCGCCAAGCUGAACGCCGCCGAACUGCUGCCCACCGUGCACUGCCUGGGCUUCGGCCCUGGCGCCAGCGGCGCGGACGCCGGCGACUUCUGCCUGCUGGAGCUGGAGCCCGCGCUGUGCCAACAGCUGGAGGCCGGACACAGUCUUGUGAUUCGAGGAGAUAAAGAUGAACAAGCUGUGCUGUGCAGUAAAGACAAAACAUAUGACUUGAAAAUAGCAGAUACUUCAAAUAUGUUGCUUUUCAUUCCUGGUUGUAAAACUCCAGACCAGCUGAAGAUGGAGGAGACACACUGUAACAUUAUUCACACUGAGAUCUUUGGUUUUUCUAAUAAUUAUUGGGAAUUGAGAAGAUGCAGACCUAAAUUAAAGAAGCUGAAGAAAUUUCUAAUGGAAAAUACCUAUGAAGGACCUGACAGUCAAAAAGAAGAGGAUUCAAAUCGCUCAAAAUAUACAACUGAAGAUUUGCUUGAUCAAAUUCAGGCAAGUGAGGAAGAAAUAAUGACCCAGUUACAAGUUUUAAAUGCCUGUGAGAUUGGAGGUUAUUGGAGGAUUCUUGACUUUGACUAUGAGAUGAAACUUCUGAAUCAUCUAACUCAGCUUGUGGAUUCUGAAUCUUGGUCUUUUAGUAAAGUUCCUUUGAACAUAUGCCUUCAGGAACUUGGACCAUUGGAGCCAGAGGAAAUGAUAGAACACUGUCUUAAAUGUUAUGGGAAGAAAUAUGUAGAUGAAGGUGAAGUUUAUUUUGAAUUGAGUGCUGAUAAAAUAUGCAGAGCAACAGCACAAAUGUUACUUCAGAAUGCAGUGAAAUUCAAUCUGGCUGAGUUUCAAGAAGUGUGGCAACAGAGUGUUCCUGAAGGAAUGAUAACUAGGCUUGAUCAGCUCAAGGGUUUAGCACUGGUGGAUAGACACUCAAGACCAGAAGUCAUAUUUUUGCUGAAAGUAGAUGAUUUACCUGAGGGAAAUCAGGAACGUUUUAAUAGUCUGUUUUCUCUAAGGGAGAAGUGGACAGAAGAAGAUAUUGCUCCAUAUAUACAAGAUUUGUGUGGAGAGAAGCAAACCAUAGGUGCAUUACUCACUAAAUACUCACGUUCUUCAAUGCAAAAUGGCAUUAAAGUUUACAAUUCAAGAAGAUCCAUUUCUUAAAAGAACAAGAGGUUUUCCUUUGGGACUGACUUAUAAAGUUGUUAGAUAUAAGAAAAAGAUUCUUUUAUGUAUUUUUAUUCCUGGCUUUUAAAAACCUACUCCUUCAAGACAUUUUUUUUUCUCAUCUUAAUAUUUUGAAACUACUUCUUAUUUUUUAAGGGUAAAAGAAUAUUUCAAUAUCCUUCAAAUUACAUUUGUAAUAUGUACUCAGUGUAAACAAGGACACAAGAAACUAUUUUUUCCUAUUUUUAAUAGAUUAGUCUGUAGUCUCUGAGGUCUACAUGGUUCUAUUUAUAGAAAUGAUAUUGCUUUUUGUACAUAAAAGUCAUACCUUUAAUUAGGCUUUGAUGUUCUACUCAUUAUUUAAAGCUUUUCUGGAGAAGAAAAUAAGUUUCAUAGAAGAGAUUUAGUCACGUACAUGCAUUUUCUCAAUUGAGCUCUCUACUUUCAAUCUUUCACCAAAACAGGAAGUCACUAGGUGCUAUUAAGUAUUUAUAUUAGUCGUUAACAUUUGUGAAAUUGGCUUGGUAAUUGCUGUCCUGUUUAUUUAGCUGGUAUAUACAUGCACUUGAAACAAAAUGGGUUUAAUCUUCAAUUUUUUUGUUUUUGUUUUUGUUUUUGGUACCUGGGAUUGAACUCAGGGACACUCAACCACUGAACCACAUCCCCAGUCCUAUUUUGUAUUUUAUUUAGAGACAGGGUCUCACUGAGUUUCUUAGCACCUGAGCCACUUGGAUUACAGGCAUUAAUCCUUAAUGUUACAGAUCAGUUUAUAAUCCUGGCACAAAUAAAACUCACUAGAAAACUACUAGUAAUUCCUAGUUGGAGUUGGAAUGCUUGA